UAUAGCUCGCUGGUGACUGAUAAGGCCCGUUUUAAAUACCUUAUGCUACCUCGAAGACUCUCAUUUACAAAAGUACAGCCCAGUGCGACGGUCGUACUAUUAUUUUAUAUUAUUUUUUAUAAUAAUUCACAAUGUGUGACGAAGAAGUAGCCGCGUUGGUAGUAGACAAUGGGUCUGGUAUGUGCAAGGCCGGGUUCGCCGGCGACGACGCGCCCCGCGCCGUGUUCCCCUCCAUCGUGGGCAGGCCGCGCCACCAGGGCGUCAUGGUCGGCAUGGGACAGAAGGACUCGUACGUAGGAGACGAGGCCCAGAGCAAGAGAGGCAUCCUCACGCUCAAAUACCCCAUCGAGCACGGCAUCGUCACCAACUGGGACGACAUGGAGAAGAUCUGGCACCACACCUUCUACAACGAGCUGCGAGUGGCGCCCGAGGAGCACCCCGUGCUGCUCACCGAGGCUCCCCUCAACCCCAAAGCCAACAGAGAGAAGAUGACACAAAUCAUGUUCGAGACGUUCAACACCCCCGCCAUGUACGUGGCCAUCCAGGCAGUCCUGUCGCUGUACGCGUCCGGAAGAACCACCGGUAUCGUGCUGGACUCCGGCGACGGCGUCUCCCACACCGUGCCCAUCUACGAGGGAUACGCUCUCCCGCACGCCAUCCUGCGUCUGGACUUGGCCGGUCGCGACCUCACAGACUACCUCAUGAAAAUCCUCACCGAGCGCGGCUACUCCUUCACCACCACAGCCGAGAGAGAAAUCGUACGCGACAUUAAGGAGAAGCUCUGCUACGUUGCCCUUGACUUCGAGCAGGAGAUGGCCACCGCCGCCUCCAGCAGCUCGCUAGAGAAGUCCUACGAGCUUCCCGAUGGUCAAGUCAUCACCAUCGGAAACGAGAGAUUCCGUUGCCCAGAGGCUCUCUUCCAACCUUCAUUCUUGGGAAUGGAAGCCAAUGGUAUCCACGAAACCACAUACAACUCCAUCAUGAAGUGCGACGUGGACAUCCGUAAGGACCUUUACGCCAACACAGUAUUGUCUGGAGGUACCACCAUGUACCCAGGUAUCGCUGACCGCAUGCAGAAGGAGAUCACGGCCCUGGCGCCAUCCACAAUGAAGAUCAAGAUCAUCGCUCCACCAGAGAGGAAGUACUCCGUAUGGAUCGGAGGCUCCAUCCUCGCCUCUCUCUCCACCUUCCAACAGAUGUGGAUCUCGAAACAGGAAUACGAUGAAUCCGGCCCCUCCAUCGUACACAGGAAGUGCUUCUAAAUACUCAGUUGUCUGACCGCAACCUAAGGCCCCCGUUACCAACACCCAGACUUGGGCGGCUCAAACUAUGCUUGUGAUCUAUAUAAUAUAAGUACAGUAUUUAAAUAGAUUGUAAGGUCUCGUAAUAUGCAUAUUACGUAAAAACUUUUUGACAAAGAGAUUUUUAAUUUAUUUAUUGAAAGUCACUAACACGUUUUUAUUAAAAUUAAUUUAUUAUACCGGUAUAAAA